AUGUGGGCCUUCUUGGUGCUCACUCUGGCCCUCGGCGUCAGCGCAUCAGACACCGACAACGACACGGCGGUGGAGGAGAAGCUCGACAUCGCCAGAGGUAAACUUCUGGCUCCCAGUGUGGUCGGAUGAGGCAUAAAGAAAAUGCCCGAGCUCCAUCACUUUCUUCUGGAGCGCUGGGCAUUAUACCACAACUUGGAGUACGAUUCAUCGGAGGAGAAGAACCCCCGUCUCAUAUUCUAUAACGAAAAGGACGAGGUCGUAAAGACUGUUCCCGUGAAGGAAAUGAAGGCAGAGGAGAUCAGCAGCUUGUUGGACUCACUGGGUUUCUACAAGAGGUCCCAAAAAGGGGAAGAGGUGCCAGAGGAGUUCCAGCAUUUCCCCCUGCGCCCCCCCAGGGACGAGCUGUGA